AUGUGCUUAUUUGCUCCAGCUAACCCUGUUGCUGUUCAAGUCGAAGCAACUAUACAGGAUAUUAAUGAACUCUCAGUUUUGAGCAACUUUGUCUCUGCUGACCUCUGGUUCAGUGCUCUUUGGAAUGAUCCUCGCUUAAAAUUCUCUCAUUUAGACCCUUGCCGAAAAAACCUUUCAUUUGACGAAACUUUUGAAAAGCAUCUCUGGUCACCCAAUGUUUGUUUGGUUAAUACAAAAUCAUCAAGAGUUCAUGCUUCACCUAAACCCAACGUUUUGCUUAUGCUUCUUGCCAACGGGACUGUCUGGCUUAAUUAUAGGAAUUCUGAAUUUUCUGAUUUUUUCAGAAUUCUGAUUUUUCUGAUUUUUUUCAGAAUUCCGAAUUUUCUGAUUUUUUCAAAAUUCUUAUCUUUCUUUCAUUUUUUUCUGAUUUAUUCUGAUUUUGUUAUUUUACAAUUCUACUUUAAGGUCCAAGUUGAAGCCCCCUGUGAAUUUCAAAUUUCUGAUUUUCCUAUGGAUUCUGCCCGAUGCCAGUUAGUUUUCGAGUCCUAUUCUUACAACACCGCUACCGUUACUAUUGAUUGGAUGCCUUCAGCCUUAACUUUACAAUUCGAAGAAAUAAGUGCUUCUGACCACCAAUUAGUACAUACAAAAUUGUUUAAGCACACAGAAUAUUACAAAGCUGGAGAAUGGUAUAGGUUAACUCUUGAAAUGGGAUUUAAACGUCGUUAUGGUUAUUAUAUCCUACAGGUCUAUGCCAAUACCUACAUUAAUGUUUUCCUGUCUUGGAUCGCUUUCUGUAUUUCUUUGAAAGCUUUAUCUGCACGAGUUAUUUUAUCUGUUAACACGUUGAUUUCUCUAUGUGUUCAGUUUGGCAAUAUAAUCAGCUCGUUACCUCCAGUUUCCUAUGUUAAGCCAAUAGACGUCUUUAUGUUUGUUUGUAUUGCAUUCAUAUUUGCCUCAUUAUUGGAAAUGGCUUUUAUCUCCUACAAGUUUUGCAUUCCAUCUUGUAUUCCAUCCUAUGAUCUUUUAAAAAUUUUAGGAUAA